ACCGCCUUCGGUUAAUUAACUCCUCGCGCUCCUGUCUGCCGGAGUGCUCGCCGUGUGCUUCAGUCUGUGCCGUGUUCGUAGUGCCAUCGGUAGUCGUCCAGUAGAGCGACAGGGAGCGACAGCCAGGCUCCACAGUGUUCCGAGUCCGAGUUUGGACUUCCUAGCGCAACACCGGCAAAUCCCGCGGCCAAAAUGGAUGACGAGGAGCAGAGAAUGCUGAUCAUGCGCAAGGCGUUCCAGAUGUUCGACACGCAAAAGACGGGCUUCGUCGAGACGAUCAAAAUCUCGACCAUCCUGAACACGCUCGGCCAGCUGUUUGACGAGGGAGAGCUGCAGGACCUGAUCGACGGCGAGGACCCGGAGAACACGGGCAAGGUCAACUUCGAUGGGUUCGCCAACAUCGCGUCCAACUUCCUGCAGGAAGAGGAGGACGCCGAGGCGAUGCAGCAGGAGCUGAAGGAAGCGUUCCGAUUGUACGAUCGCGAAGGCAACGGCUACAUCACGACCAGCACGCUGAAGGAAAUUCUCGCUGCCCUCGACGAUAAGCUGUCGAACGAGGACCUGGACGGCAUCAUUACGGAGAUCGAUACCGACGGUUCCGGAACGGUGGACUUUGACGAGUUCAUGGAAAUGAUGACGGGUGAAUAAACGCAAUUCCGGCCGGGUGCCUAAUCUAUCGCCUUCCGGGAAACCAGAUGCCACGUGUUCGUCAGUCAUGCUGCUGCUGCUGCUGCUCCUGGAGUUUCUUAGUUUCGCCCCAAUCCAUAAAUGGUUCACCGAGAGCCGAGCGUCCCUUGAAGGCUCCCUGCUCCGUGAAGAGCCUCACGACGCCCAGCAACCGACACCCGAUUGAUGCACAUUUUGUUUUUCACAACAACUUCACCACACAACCAAACGCAACGGAAGCGGGCAUUACGAUUGCGGUGCUGUGCUUCGGCGCCAACAAUGCUUUUGUGCCACACCAACACACAUACACUGUCGUGAACAUUUUAUUGCCACCCUGAGCCGUGUUCCGGGGCUCCGUUUUUUUUCGGCCGCCCAAUUCGGUGGUUCCGAGAACAGCAAUUUGAAUUUUCAUUUCGCUGCCGCCUGUGGAAAAAUGGAAAUUAUCGCCUCGCCGAUAAGCGGCGAGUGCCGUGUGCUGGGUGGGAGGGGGCGGAGGCCAUUGUCCAAUGGGGGCCGCUUAAUCCUCGUUUUCUAGCGAGCGUUUGUGGCGUUUUGUCGGUCGCUGCCUCUUUUUUCUGAUCAUACUUUUCUCGUUGUUCUUUUGGCCGCUCUGCCAUUCGCUGGUCCAACUUCUCCAUUAUCCUUUUUAUUCCGUUCGCUUCAGCCGGCGGCCCCUCAAUCCCUUCGGUGGCGCCGCACCGUUUCUUUUCCGUAAGGUUUGUCUUUGGCGUAGCUCCGGUUUUCCUUUCUUCUCGUAGAAGUAAUAAGAUUUGUACGAUUUAAUUUUAAUAUGAAUAAAGUGACGAUAUUUUCCA